AAAGUCUCAAACACCACACACAUUUGUCUGCAGGUGAUGAGGUGUACUCAAAAAUAAAAUAAAUAAGAACUACUAAUUAAAAAAACAUCGAAAAGGAGAGCCAAGGUGGGUAUCACGAUCAUGUGACCCAGUGCACGCACGCUACUUGUUCGACGUAAUCUCUCAUUGAAAUUGAUUUCGGAAACUUAACCGCAGCAAUAGAAUCAGAAAUGUGGAGACGCUCAGCCGCUACUUUGAAAUCUUCCCUUUUCCUUCACAUGGAAGCUUCUAAACAUAACGCUUGGCGUUGCCAAGGAUUUACCUCAGGAUUGCCCUUGCACUUGCAGGAAAAGGAUGGGAUUUGCCCCAAACAUAUAGCCCCGGUUAUAACUUUUGUUUUAGGAGGCCCUGGUAGUGGAAAAGGUACACAAUGUGCAAAAAUUGUUGAAACCUUUGGAUUUAAGCAUCUGAGUGCUGGAGAUCUUUUAAGAAGGGAGAUAGUUUCUAAUAGUGAAUACGGCUCGAUGAUUCUGAGUACAAUUAGAGAAGGAAGAAUUGUUCCAUCAGAAGUGACUGUCAAAUUGAUUCUAAGAGAGAUGGAAUCUAGUGGUAAUCAUAAGUUUCUUAUUGAUGGUUUCCCUAGAAGCGAGGAGAACCGUGUAGCUUUUGAAGAAAUUAUUGGAGCAGAACCAGAUAUAGUGCUUUUCUUUGAUUGCCCUGAAGAAGAGAUGGUGAAACGGGUUUUGAGCCGUAAUCAGGGUCGAAUUGAUGACAAUAUAGAUACAAUCAAGAAACGUCUUAAAGUAUUUGAGGCAUUAAAUCUUCCUGUGGUUGAUUAUUAUGCAAAGAAAGGGAAACUUCACAGGAUCAAUGCAGUGGGAACAGUAGAUCAAAUAUUUGAGCAUGUUCGGCCAGUUUUUGAGCCAUGUGAGCUCGAGGCUGAAUGAAAGCUGUUUGAAUGGGUUGAAAGCAUUAUGAAAUUGGGUGAAGUUUGGAUUUUGUGGGGACCCAAUAUAUUUCCCAGUUGAUUACAAGUUCUGAUCCAAAUUCCUGGGUGAUUUGCUUUGGAAUUUGGUAGGUCUCUAUAACUCAUCUACUGAAGUAUUCCAAAUUGAUGUUUACAUGUCUACCAUUCACAGGAGAUGGCUCUGUUGCUUUUUUCCUUUCCUCCUUUUAGUGUUCCUAACGUGCAAUAAACAGCUUUUGCCCCCGAGAGAAUGGCCUGCAGGUGGAGCUGAACUGUCUCUUACAACUAAGGAACUGCUGCUAAUGCGCAGAAUAUAAUAUACAAUUAAGUACAAGAUGUUCGUAAUUUUACAAUAAAUUGAAUUCUAUUUGUCAGUCCAACCUUUAGAGGUGUUGGACUACAUGCUGAUUUGUAUUAUCGCACAGAUACUGCAAGCAAGUUGUUCUCUCAUUGUGUCUAAGCUAAUCAGACCCAGAAAGGAAGAG